GAAAAAAGAAUUUGGGAAUAUUACCAAUUCUCAAUUGGCUCGGAACAGAGAGGGAUCAAGGGAUUUAUUCGACCAACAUGCUUCUCAAUCAAUGCGGAGCCGAGACGACGAUAGAAGAUUCCAUGGAAGCGACGAAUUCGGACCACUCAUCGGUGGAUUUCAGAAGUAACGCGAGAAAGCGUAAGGCCGAGUUCGAGCCGGGAGAAGAGGAGGAGGAGGAGGAAGAGGAAGAGAGCGAUGAAGAAGAAGAAGGCGUUGGUGAUGGGAGAGCCAAGAUAGAGGAAGAGCCUGAGGCUAGAAUAGAUUACUUGAAGGCGCCGGAAUGGGAUGUGGACAGCUUCGAUGGUUUAGAGUAUUAUUCUUCUCCGGAGCCGAUACUUUCAUCCUCCGAUGAGGAAUUUUUCCCCGAAGAAGCUAGACAACACUAUCGCAUCUUUAAACGGCAGAUGAUCGAGAGCAAGGGAUUCUACGGGGAUCGUGAGCUUAGGCCAACUUUUCAUUACAAAGGAAUAAGUCCAAUGAAGUUGGAGCAGGAAGCCCUUCCCGAUCAAAACUUCCGCCAGUUCUGGCAAGAGAUGGUUUAUGUUUGUCUCCAAAAACUCAACCAAGACAAGGAUUUGAAUGUGGAGUUCAUUGAAGUUGUGAGAGGUUAUUAUCGCCCAGGACCUAGAUCAAAGUCAUACAUCAUAUUUAUGGCCAGGGAGAAGCCUGAUGGACCUCUUGUGGAGUAUCAAGCCAAGUGUAUGGUUACUUUGGACGGCGAGAGUCAUCCCAUCCUCUGUAGACCGGCUCCUACGCUAAUGCCUUGAUACCAAAAACUUGUUUAAGCUUUCCAUCUGCCUAUUGAUGAAGCUUUACAACGAGCACACAUAUAACAAGAGGAAGAAGCAAAAUGUCUAUAAAUAGACUAAAGAUCAAGCAUCAUUUUUCAACAGAGGGACAUAUCAUAUUUGGUGUUGGUGGUCCAGAUGAGUGGGCUUUUGUUUGAGUAUAACCUAGUGUUAUCAUAGAAUAAUCACACAAAAAAAAAAGAAUAAUCAAUAGGGUACUAUAUAGAAAGCCGAGAACAAAUGAGAGAUCAUCGUGUAUUUGGUGGGUUAUCUCAGGGAGAGAGGGAGGAGCUCCUUCGAAUUCCUCGAUUCCUUGAAAUUCCAGUUCUGUAAUCUAUCAAAUCCUUAUUU